GGUUUCCGCAGCUUCUCUGUCGACGUUUCAGUAAGCAAGUGAGGGAGCCUGUCGAGGUCCUGUGUGUAUUCCACAUCUGCUCAUUUAAGAUCUUUUGCUUAAAUUUUUUUCAUUUAAACUUUUUUGAGGUCAUUAGUGCGGGUUGGUUGAACGAUCAGAAAUCUUAACUGAACAAAACUGAGCAGUUGUGUCGGCAGACCUGAACAGAGACCUGAAUAGAGCACUCGGACAUCCUCACGGACAGACAAGAUGAAGUGGAGAAAUUAACAGAUUCCUUUCCGGAGUCUCAGAACAAACAUCUAUGUGGUGUGCCUGAGAAACUGAAGACGAUCGAGAACAAACAACAAGAUAAAGAGUCUGAAGCUAUGGAGACAAAACCACAAGGAUAUUCAGAGUUUUUAUCUCGGCCUGCCUCCCCUAGUACUCUGACCCACCAAACGAACACAACUACCACAUGUGAACAGAAUGACCAGGGCCAGAGCGCUGUUAACGAGAGUGACACAACUGGUGAAAGGAGCAAACCUCCGAGUGAGACGAUGUCAGGUGUUCAAAACAACACGAAUGAAGAGCCUUCAAAAGAUCCAGAAGAUGAAGUGGAGAAAUUAACAGAUUCCUUUCCGGAGUCUCAGAACAAACAUCUGUCUGAUGUGCCUGAGAAAAUGAAGAAGAUCGAGAACAAACAACAAGAUAAAGAGUCUGAAGCUAUGGAGACAAAACCACAAGGAUAUUCAGAGGUUUCAUCUCGGCCUGCCUCCCCUAGUACUCUGACUCACCAAACGAACACAACUACCACAUGUGAACAGAAUGACCAGGGCCAGAGCGCUGUUAACGAGAGUGACACAACUGGUGAAAGGAGCAAACCUCCGAGUGAGAUGAUGUCAGGUGUUCAAAACAACACGAAUGAAGAGCCUUCAAAAGAUCCAGAAAAUGAAGUGGAGACAUUAACAGAUUCCUUUCCGGAGUCUCAGAACAAACAUCUGUCUGAUGUGCCUGAGAAAAUGAAGAAGAUCGAGAACAAACAACAAGAUAAAGAGUCUGAAGCUAUGGAGACAAAACCACAAGGAUAUUCAGAGUUUUUAUCUCGGCCUGCCUCCCCUAGUACUCUGACUCACCAAACGAACACAACUACCACAUGUGAACAGAAUGACCAGGGCCAGAGCGCUGUUAACGAGAGUGACACAACUGGUGAAAGGAGCAAACCUCCGAGUGAGACGAUGUCAGGUGUUCAAAACAACACGAAUGAAGAGCCUUCAAAAGAUCCAGAAAAUGAAGUGGAGACAUUAACAGAUUCCUUUCCGGAGUCUCAGAACAAACAUCUGUCUGAUGUGCCUGAGAAAAUGAAGAAGAUCGAGAACAAACAACAAGAUAAAGAGUCUGAAGAUAUGGAGAUAAAACCACAAGGAUAUUCAGAGGUUUCAUCUCGGCCUGCCUCCCCUAGUGCUCUGACCCACCAAAUGAACACAACUACUACAUUUGAACAGAAUGACCAAGGCCAGAGUGCUGUUAACGAGAGUGACACAACUGGUGAAAGGAGCAAACCUCCGAGUGAGACGAUGUCAGGUGUUCAAAACAACACGAGUGAAGAGCCUUCAAAAGAUGCAGAAGACUCCCCCGGGACAGACGUUAAGGAAUCUAACAAGAUGUUCUAUUCUGCCUAUAAGCUCAUUGACGACAUGCUUCAAGAGAUUAAAGUGUUCAAAGACAGCCUGAAGAAAAAGAUUGAGACCACUACUAGAGAUACCUGUGUUCAGCCAGCUGACCCACAGACAGAAAGCCUGUCGCUUUCCUUCCAGGGUGAAUUGGUGAAAUUAACAGAUUCCUUGCUGAAGUCUCAGAACAAACAGUUCUGUGCUCUACGUCAGAAACUGAAGACGAUCGAAAACAAACAACAAGAUAAAGAGUCUAAAGAUAUGGAGACAAAACCACAAGGAUAUUCAGAGGUUUCAUCUCGGCCUGCCUCCCCUAGUGCUCUGACCCACCAGAUGAACACAACUACCACAUGUGAACAGAAUGACCAGGGCCAGAGCACUGUUAACGAGAGUGACACAACUGGUGAAAGGAGCAAACCUCCGAGUGAGACGACGUCAGGUGUUCAAAACAACACGAGUGAAGAGCCUUCAAAAGAUCCAGAAGUACAAACCAAUGCAGAUGAAUUCCAGGAUGCAGACUGGGAGACUAUAAAGAAAGAUGAUGUUGUUCCCCAUCUUGAGGACUCCCCCGGGACAGACGUUAAGGAAUCUAACAAGAUGUUCAAUUCUGCCUAUAAGCUCAUUGACGACAUGCUUCAAGAGAUUAAAGUGUUCAAAGACAGCCUGGAGAAAAAGAUUGAGACCACUACUAGAGAUACCUGUGUUCAGCCAGCUGACCCACAGACAGAAAGCCUGUCGCUUUCCUUCCAGGGUGAAUUGGUGAAAUUAAUAGAUUCCUUGCUGAAGUCUCAGAACAAACAGUUCUGUGCUCUACGUCAGAAACUGAAGACGAUCGAAAACAAACAACAAGUCAUGAAGAAGGAGUCAAAGGGUCAAGCCUUUCUGAAUUUGUUUUCUCCUUCCCAUUGGUUUCCUGAUAAAGUUUUACUAAUUGAAGUUGUUGGGUCAGACAAAACUGCUAUUACACAGAAGACAUUCUUAAAUGAACUUUCCAAACAACUGAAGGAUCAUAAAAUGACAAUAAACGUGGCCCAGCUUGACAAUGAGUCCAGUAAUCUUGUUCUACUCUUUUGUCCAGUGGUCUCAAGAAUUGGAACUGACAUUGGUGUGGCACUAAAGAAAGUUUCAAGUCAUAAGAAGAUCAUUCUGGUUGUUAUGCAUCACACCCCUAACCCUGAGUAUAUAGUGGCAGACAGCAGCAGAUUAGUGGAACAAGAAAAUGUGGUGGUGACAGUCGACUGUCUGUUCCAUGAAACUACUGGCUUACUCAAUUGUAACUUAAAUAAGGAGACAUCACAGAAACUUUGCAAUUUUAUAUCUUCCUUUAUUUCAACAAAAUAGAAUUAAUUGUUGUUAUAUAGAGAAAUGCCACUUUUAUGGCAUCAUUUAAUCAUACAAUAUGUACGGCCACAUUGCCUAUUGACUCUGUGUGACUUGAUUUAUUCCAAAUAGACGUCUCACUCUCCAGGUCCUGAAUGAAGUGUGUCUUUUGUAGAAUGGUGUGAUGAUUUUGUAAAUUACUUCUAGAGAGAAAAGAAGGAAUAAAAGAGAGAAAAUGUACUUUGUGUCAUGAAAUGUAUUUUGUGUCAUGAAAUGUAUUUUGUGUCAUUAAAUACUUGGAUAUGUUCUUCAUUUUAUUGUAUUCUCAAGUGGAAAAUUAAUGUAUUCACUUUGGACUUGUACAAAAAUAAACCAAAUAACAGACUUUAA